UAUCUGAGAGGCUUUUUAAAUUAUAAAAGGGGAAAAAUUUUAAACAUAUUGCAAUUUGAAUCGGAGUUUUUUCAUUUUAAGUUUACUAUACACACUCUUAUAUACAACCCUUGUUUCCAAUGGAUUUAUCAAGCAUGCUAAAUGAUGCAGUGCCUGCUGCACCCAAAACACUGGCCAUUACAAACAACAAACGUGCCAACAGUGACACUACCAAAAAAGACAACCAAACGCAAAAUAGAGAAAAUACGCAUCAUAUUACCAAUUCAUCCUCUGCUGCUACUACACCUCAACCAACGAAUAAUAAUAAUGAUCCUUCAACAAAAGGAAAGGCUGUGGUCUAUCAGCUAACUACCUCUGUGCACUACCUUGUUAGUAAAGAUCCUUUGAUCAACCGCAACCAAACAUUAACUCCUCCUCCACGCUCUAAUACAGCUACACCACCAGCACCAACAACAAUAGCGACAACAACAGCACCAUCAUUGUCGACAUCAUCAGGCCGCCCAGUUGCUAAUCUCUUGUCUUCUCCUUUUCGUCCUCCCUCUGAGCAUAAUUCACCAAGAAUGAAUGUGUUACCUGCUUCUCCUAAUGGCUCUUUAGCGACAGUCAAUCUCCUUCGUUUGGGACCCGCUGUCCGUAAUGACCCAUCCCUCUGGAAAACAAGACUUUCGCUUAAAUUAGUGAUUAACGAGCAACCUGUAAGCUUAAGACCCUCAAAAAAACCCAAAAUCAAUCACUCAGAGAAUAACUUGGAGAUACCACUUAAAAUCCACGAAAUCAUCAUUCGUGGUGACGAACCCAAAGUAUUGCUGGAAGAUGUUUAUGAGAUUCAAGGUGCUUAUCCCCGUGGUUAUUUUGUUAUGAUGGCAAAAAGAAAUAUUAUGCACAACUUUGUGUUUGCCUAUCCUGACCAUCCUUGGUUCGAAGACUUGUAUGGUUUACGUAAAAGUGCCUAUAUCUGUAUGCGUACAGAAGAGGGUGAGCUUUAUGAGUUACAUUUAAAGCCUUCUCGUGAUAAACUGUUUUUGUUUGGUUAUAUGAUCAAACAUAGCGACAUGAUUCGUAUUGUCAAGGACUCUAUGAACGAAAUUGUUUACCAACAAAGAAAGCUUCCUCUUGUUCUUGACUUGGAUGAUACCCUUGUUCGCUUAGUUGGUGAAGGCAAUGACCGAUAUGUGCCUGAGGCUGAAUUACCCAAAUGCCGCGAUAGAGUGGCUAAUUUAAAAGAUGGACGACGUGUUGUAUUAACUGAACGAGUCCAUGAAUUCUUAGAAUGGGCACAAAACCUGUAUGAUAUCUCUGUCUGUUCACUAGGUGACCAAAACUAUGUUGAAAAUGUUGUUGAAGUGUUAGACCCUAAUCGUACUCGUAUUCGAGGCAUUUUGUAUUCAGCACGUAUGGAGCAUGACUACAUCAAGAAAUCACCAGAUCCUGGUCGUCCCCCCAAGGAUUUAUUGGCUCUUUAUUCUUUCUGUGCACUUAAAGACCGUUCUAUUGGUUCUGCAUUCUCACUACCCUUAAUUUUAGACGAUGAAACACGUAUGUGGCCUGUGGAUCAACACGAUAACAUUAUCGAAGUGAUUAGCCAAAGAAAUGCGCCUGUGUGGUCUGUCUCUCUAUUUCCUGUUGUAAAAGAUACUUUAGAGCAUAUCCAUGCUCAGUUUUUUAGACAAUUCGAUAGUUGGACUGCUAAAUGUCAAGAAGCAGAACAAUAUGGUACUGUUUGUACACGCUUACCGCCCAGUGCAGUUGCUAUCUACAAAACAUAUCUCAGACAUAUACUUAGAGAUUUAAUUGCCAAGGGACCGUAUUUAUACAACACAAACAACCACCAUAAUAAUUACGCAUCUAAUAACCAUCACUAAAGCAUUCCUUUUAUACACCUAUACAUAUACACACGCACACAAACACACAUCCAGAGAUUGUAAAAUAUAUAUUUAUAGUCAACUCUUUUGCAUAUAAAUGUAAACUGUUUGUUUGAAGUGAGUAGUUUGCUCUCAACAGCACAAGUGCAACUAUCUUGAUGGGGGACCGGCACUUUGUUUAUGCAUAGGGCUCUCUCGUUUUGACAUGGUCGAUCCAAUCAAAGACUGUGAUUUUAAAGACUGCUUUUCAUUAAACGAGGUCACAAUUUUAUAAAAUUAUUCUCGAGUAAAC